CUUUCCUUUUGCCGGGUCUUCUCUUUAGAAUUAGCGGCGUCCCUUCUCCUGUCCUAGCCGCCGGAAAGCAGGGCGGGGGACGCCGCGGCAUUUUUACGACACCGGCGGCUGUCCCCAUUCCUCCCCAGAAGCGACGGCCUAGGCGCAAUGUUCGGGGUUGGCGAUGAGGAUGACGCCGACUUCCUCUCCCCCAGCGGCGGAGCUAAAUUGGCUUCUCUCUUUGGACUGGAUCAAGUGGUUGUAGGCCAUGGAAAUGAAUUCUUCCAGUAUACAGCUCCAAAGCAGCCUAAGAAAGGCCAAGCAAUAACAGCAGCUGCAAAUCAGCCAGCACAGAAAACUCCUCCAACUGCAGCCCCUGGUGGAACUUCUACAGUCUUAUUAGCUGCCACAGCAGUCCAUGCAUACCGAUUCACAAAUGGUCAAUAUGUGAAGCAGGGAAAAUUUGGUGCUGCAGUCCUGGGGAACCACACUGCCAAAGAGUACAGGAUUCUCAUUUACAUAAGUCAACAACAGCCAAUCACCUCUGCCAGGAUUCAUUCAAACUUUGAACUGACGGUACAGCCUAACAACUAUAGCACCUUUUAUGAUGACCAGAGACAAAAUUGGUCCAUGAUGUUUGAGUCAGAAAAGGCUGCAGUGGAUUUCAAUAAACAGAUAUGCAUUGCCAAAUGUAACAGUGUAUCCUCCUUGGAAGUUGUGAUGAGCCAGGAUCUAACUAUAGGAGAGGGUCCAGGUGUUCAAGUUGGUGAUUCUUUGGAGGUGGCCUAUACAGGAUGGCUCUUCCAGAAUCAUGGACUGGGCCAGGUAUUUGACUCUUCUGUUAACAAAGAUAAACUCCUUCGAUUAAAGCUGGGAUCAGGAAAAGUCAUUAAGGGCUGGGAAGAUGGAAUGCUUGGCAUGAGGAAAGGAGGAAAAAGACUUCUCAUUAUUCCUCCAUCAUUUGCUUAUGGCUCUGAAGGUAUAAGUGGACAUAUUCCAUCAGAUUCAACCCUGAUAUUUGAGAUGCAAGUCAAAAGGGUGAAAUUUGCCAAAGAUUCUGGCUCUGAUGGGCACAGCAUUAAUUCCCAUGAUUCUGCAACUCCUUCUCCAACACCUGGUGCUGAUAACUUUAGUGCUGAACCAGUAUUACUGCCACCUACUGCAGUGCCUUUUAAACCUGGAGAGCCAGCUGUUCGAACCAAGUCAAACUCCAUCAGUGAACAACUUUCAAAUCCCGAUGUGACCAAAGCUAAACUGAUCUCUAGGAUGGCUAAAAUGGGCCAGCCCAUGCUACCCAUUGUUCCUCCCCACCUCUUAGAUUCCAGUGAUUCCGAGAUUGAGGACUUAAAUACCCUACGUGGAACAGGUCAGAAUAUGAUGACUGCAUCUAUCCAUCCCUCUCCUGAGCCAGCCCAUCCAACAUCGCUGCCAAGGACAUCACCAACAUCUCAACCAUCAAUCCCUGGGAUCCAAGCGCCCUCUGCUGCCUUAAUGCCAAUUGCAACUAUCCAGUCUCACUCAAAUCUGCCUGGAAAUUCCCAGUCCUUUCAGCCCUAUGCAGGUAUGCAGACUUAUGCCUACCACCAAAAUGCUACACCAGUCACUUCCCAACUACAGCCUGUAGGACCCAUGUAUCCAGGACCACUUUCUCAGACUCCUCAUUUUCAAGGCUCAGCCGAUAUUGCUUCAUUGCUCAUGACCGAAGCACGACAGCACAAUACUGAAGUCCGAAUGACAAUGACCAAGGUGGCUGAUAAAAUGGACCAUCUUGCUGCCAAGGUGGAAGAAUUACAGAAGUACAGUGCUAGCAAUUCUUUGCUCCUUCCUGGAUUAUCAGUAAGCAUGGAAACAAGCAUGAUUAUGAGCAAUAUUCAAAGGAUCCUUCAGGAAAAUGAAAAGUUGAAGCAGGAGGUCCUUGAGAAGAAAAAUCGGAUUGAAGAACAAAAUGACAAAAUCACUGAUCUGAUUGAACGCAGUCAGAGGUAUGUGGAGCAGAAUAACCUGCUGAUGGAGAAGAGGAAUAGCACCCUUCAAAUAGCCACUGAAAACACGCAGGCAAGAGUAUUGCAUGCUGAGCAGGAGAAGCACCUGAUGUCAGCAGCAGAAUUCGUUGAGGGGUGGGACCAAGGGAGGCCAUCCGGACAUGGUGCUAAGGUCACAGAAGAGUUGGCGUCGGUGACUGCCCAGGUCUCCAACCUGCAGCUGAAACUGACCUCUCAGCAGAAGAAGGAGACAGACCUGCAGAUGCAGCUGACAGAGUGCCAGAAGGAUGCUGACCUUCGGGAGGCUCAGAUCAGCAAACUGCAGGCACAGAUCACAGAACUCCAGGAAACAUCAGAGCAAGCUCAGUCCCAAUUUAAAAUUGAAAAGCAAAGCCGCAAGCAAUUAGAACUGAAGUUGUCAACUUUAGAGGAGGAGCUGAUUGACCUUCAGGCUAAGAAAGAAUCUCUGGAAAAGACCCUUUCAGAAAGGAAGAAGAAGUCUGCCCAAGAGCGAAGCCAGGCUGAGGAAGAGAUAGUUGAAAUUCGAAAAUCACACCAGGAAGAAUUAGAAAAACUUCGACAACUCCUAAAACAGGCUCAGGUGUCUACAGAUCAAACAGCUGCUGAACAGGUAUCUCUCAUGCAAGCCGAGCUGAAAUCCCAGUGGGAAGCCAAAUGUGAGCAUUUGUUGGCUUCUGCCAAGCAUGAACAUUUCCAACAGUACCAAGCAGUGUGUGAGCAGAGAAAUGCUACUCAACAGAAACUCAUUCACCUGGAAGAAAAGCUCUCUGCCCUAGAGCAGGGUCAAGGUGGAGAGGAAAAGAAGAAGCUUCUUCAAUAUCAAGAGCUGGCAGAACAGAUGCAAAAGAAGUGUAUAGCCCUCCAAUCCAGAAUCGAGAGUCUGACGGUCCACUAUGAGCAGAAGAUUCAGGAGCUACGCAAACAGAACACACCCGGAAGUGAACAUGGCUCAGAAGCACGAGACACUUCCGAGAAGAUAAAGAAGAUCAUGAAUCGAGUAUUCCAGUCCCUAAGGGGAGAAUUUGAUUUGGAACAAUCCUAUGAUGGCAGGACUAUUCUGAGCAUUGUCAUGAAUACGAUCAAGCUGGAGACGCUACUUCUGCUGAUUCCCCAGGAGUCAGAACAGGAGAGCAGCAGCGAGGAGGAAGAAGAGCAGCUCCAGAAACCAUCUAAGGAUCACUCAGCCAUAACCAUUCCAACUCCGAGUCUUAGAACCCUGGAUCGGGAGGAGCUCAAGCCCACAGCCAAACCAGUGGAGCAGAAAGACAAGCCAGAGAGUCCACUGCCUAAAGCCUUUGAAAGACAGAAUGGGAUGGAGGACAUCUCCCCCAGGAAGCGAAAUUCAGAGGCAGAAAAAAGUCUAGAUGUGCCUGGGAACCCUCUCCCCCGAAGUUCAGCUAGAGUUCCAUCUCGAGGUAUUCCAGGGCCCCCAACUUCAAUUCCACCCAUGCCACCAGUUCUGGGAAAUGCUGCAGUCUCGGAACCUGAGUAUAAAGAAACUCAUGUUGAUAACAAAAUGAAAUGUCACAAAAGCAGCCUAUCAGAAGAGGCUUGUGUUGGAUUGGCAGAGCCAGGGUCCCAGAGAGAGGAGAGUGAAAAAACUUUGCAGUCAACAGCCCAUCAGACUGUAAGCCACAAGGAAAGGGAACCAUUGUUGGUGAAACCUGGACAUUCAAGAGGAGAAGUCAAGCCCCUCCACAAGGAUGAAGAGAAGGAUUGUCCCAUUGCCACAGCCAGAACUGCCAAGACACAGCUGGGCACAGUUGUGAAUGUUGCAGAACCAGCAGCCAACCCCAGACUUAGGCACGAACACCAAAAGGCCAGUUUCACAGAUGGUGAUGAAGAUUGCUUGUUUAAAGGGGCAACACCAAAAGCAUCAAAGCCAGUUCCAAUGCCUGAUGAUGAAGAUGAAGAUGAAGUGAGCAUGAAGGGACACCCACCCCCAGCGCCCCUUUUUGAGGAUGAUGAUGAUGAUGACGACCUUGACUGGCUGGGAUGAAGAUUUGAGAGCUAGUAUAGAGGUCUUUCAGCCUGCCCUACUCUGCCUUUCUCUUUCUGAGCACUGUUUUGCACAGCUGACCCUGGUUCUGGGUGGGCAACAGGGUAAGGUCCAGAAUUUCUUAACCCUCUCUCGGGCUGAAAUUUCUGGCUCAUCCCAGUAAGCAUUGAGACAGCAUCCUUCCAUCUGGGGCAUCCCCCUGGUGUCUGGUGCUGCUGAUGCAGAAAGCAGCCUUUGGCAUUUUACUGUCCAUACACAUCUUUUCCAAGUAAUAAAGCAAAUGGAACUCUGAUCUCCAGCAGCUCCUUUGGAAUGGUCCUGUGACAUCUUCUUCUACUAGGAGAUACUAAAGACAACUCCUAGUUUGUUUGGUUUCUUUCUUCCUUGGGCUGAAACCUUACAGAGUUCCUCCUGAAAAGCAAAUUUGGAGUUCUGCACCAGAAAGCAUUUCUCAGUCAUAGAGUCCCACAACCCUCUGCACUGAUCAUUUGCUGUUGAAAAGGAACAUGGCUUUACCCUUGGAAUUCUGUCUCACCAAAAAUGUUGCCACUGCCGGCCAUUGGACUCUGGUCUCCUGUGAGAGCUUUAGUGAGUUCGUUCUUUCCGUAAGUAAGGCCAGAACCACAGUUGGUAGGCACUUGUGUGUAGCAGUGCCUGGUGGUGUACAGGAGUGCCAACAUUGAAAAGAAAGAAAUGAAACCUCAGAAGAACUGUUUUUCUUCUGUUGGAGGACCUUUGAUUGCUUCUCCUGCCCAGCCCUAAAACCAGCCCCUGUCAGUUAAUUUGUCCUUGUCCCUGCUUUGUUAAUGUGCUCUACUGAACUCAUUCCUGUUACUUAAGCCUCUUCCUUGCUAUAAUUAUUGGGGCCAAAUAGCAUUUUGACCUGAUUCAGUGAGCCUCACCAUACUAAUAAAUGACCUUGUGACCUCCAAUUGAUAAAAUGUAGGUAACUGCUUGUUAAUGAUUCCUUCCUUUCCUCCCUGUAAUGGAUUUUGUCUAGCUGAUCACCUUCUUACAUUAGGAGUUCAGUCCUAGGCUCUCAGAUCUGUCUUUUUCUCUGCCUUAAGUCUGAAAUCAUACAUUAAUGAAUAUUUGAGAUUAACAAACAUAAAAUAAAAGUCAAUGGAACUCAGUCUCUAAAUGCUCUGGGAUGAAAUCGGCUUUGGUUGUAAUGGUUUUACCUGAGGAGGUUCUAACAGUUUUACCUGAGAGAGUGAAUGACUCUCUGAAAGAAUGAAGGACUGGCAGGUAGGACUGGUCAGGAGCCAUUUCUUAAAUUCUUUGCAAACCAAUUAAUUUUAAACUGGUUGUUUUUGUUUUCUUUUUUUCUUUAGAAAUCCAUGGGAUUACUCAAUUUUGUAUUUUUAGGACAAUUCACUCCUUCUAAAUUGUUGCUGGUUCUCUCUAGGCGUUCAAAGAAAAGGGAGAGAUUUCCAUGUUCUUUUGAGCCCAUGGCCUUACUGUGCACAGUGCCUUGCAUAUAGCAAGAAAUUAAUAAAUGUUUGACUGUUGAAUGAAUAAAUAAAGCCAAAUUCAUCUGGAGCUCACAGUUAUAUGCAAAAAUAUUUCCAGAGAAUUUGGUUGACUGUGACUUUUUGCCCAUAAGCCAUCAACCAUGAUCUUCCUUCUCCAGUGCAAAUUCAUUCCAGUGAACCUGAUGAUGGAUACCGAGUCGGUCCCAGUAACCCCCUUCUUGGUUGUUGCAUCCCUGAACCAUUGACCAGUUUGGGUUCAACUUGGGCUCUAGCUCGAAGGGAUCUGUUCAGAGCCAGAAACUGGAGGGAAUUGAUAACUAGUUUCUUGUUUGAGAUAUUGUCCAUGGAUCGUGCAACUAGCAUGGACCCAUAGUGAUAUUAAAAUGAAAACUCUGAUUUCCAUAUCCCCCAAAAGCUGUUUUUUCUUGUACCAAUUAAAGAUGGUAUUACAUAUAACAGCCUGAGGAGUUGAAUCCUUUACCACGCCCAUUCUGUCCCUAAGCUUCACCUUUGUCUUAGUAAUGGUCUUUUAAGUGCUGUGCUGGUUGCAGCAUGAAUGAGAUUCAGUCCCUGCCCUUUGAGAGUGUAAAAUGAGAAAUUGACAACAUUGCUAGGGAGAAACUUUAUAAAGAGACACAUGGAAAAACACCAAAAUGAUUAUAAACGAAAUAAAAUAUUUGCGGUAUUAACAGA